UCGCACAAAAGUACCGAUACUUUUUGUAUCUGCCCUGUGCAUCGAUGAAUAGGAGCAAAAGUGGGUAGAUCUAACAACGUAAAACAAAAGAAAAAAAGUGCAAAAAUAAAAAAAGUUGUUCCACCGAUAAUAUGUCCCACAAAAAUUUCCGUUUUAAUGUUUGCACCAGUCCAAAAAAUGAUCACCUUGACCUUAUUAUCAUAUAUCGAUAGAUUGAUAUAUCAAUAAGUACACAUCCCUAAACGGCACCACGAGAAUUUAAGAUGCAAAAAACUAAAACCAAAACAAAAUCAAAACCAGAGCUACCAGCUCCAGCCGAACCGAUGAACGUGGACAGUGAUGCGGCUUCAGACGAAGAGGUCCAAGAGGAGGCAGAUGCAUCGGAUGACGAUGAUGAAAUGGACUUGGCCAACUUCAAAGCAAGCUCUUCCGCCACUGUUCAGAAAAAGAAACGCAAGAAGGGCAUUAUUUACAUAUCGAACAUACCCAGACACAUGAACGUGACGCGCCUGCGCGAGAUCCUGGGGGAGUGCGGUAAGAUCGGACGCGUCUAUCUCCAGCCAGAGAAGCAGUCAAGUGACAGGGCCAAGAAGAACAAGCGAAAGCGGUACAACAUUCACUUCACCGAGGGCUGGGUAGAGUUCGAGUCAAAGCGUGUAGCCAAGCAAAUUGUACCUCUGCUGAACAACAAACAAAUCUCGACGCGCAAGAGCUCCCAGUUCUACGAUUCGUUGUGGAGCAUGAAGUACUUGCCGCGUUUCAAGUGGGUCCAUCUCACCGAACGCAUGAACUAUGAGCAGGCGGUACAUAAGCAACGUCUGCAAACAGAGGUGUCACAGGCCCGCAAGGAGACGACGUUCUUCCAAAACAAUCUCGACAAGAGCGAGUACCUUAAGAAGCAGGCCAAGAAGGCGAAAAAACUGGACCAAAACGCCAAGAAUGGGGCUUAGUUUUAAAACGGAACUUCUUUUAUGUAGAAAUAUACAUAGUUUAUGAUUAUCAAUUA